UCUGACACAGUACAGAAACUUGAGGAGAAGCACCUGAUACCUGUUCAAACACCUGGUCAAAUGAUUUAACAUCUUAAUCUGGAUGUAAUCUACUGGAAUCUCCAGUAAAAUGGAGUCUGAUAUUUAUCCAUCACACUUGACGAGGAACAGAAGUAUAACCCCUCCCCCCAACAUUUGUGAUCUCAGGAUUGUUCUACUUGGGAAGAAAGGCCUCAACAGCAGAGUGGGGAACUUCAUCCUGGGCAGAGAUGUGUUUGAUACUAAAGCUCCUCCUCCUUCAGUAGAGCAGCACAGUGAGAGAGCCAGAGAAAAUGUGGAGGGAAGAUGCAUCACCCUCAUCAACACUCCUCAGCUGUUUGACCCCUCUCUCUCAGAGGAUCAGUUCACAGAGCAGGUUAAAGAGUGCAUGUCUCUGUGUGCUCCUGGACCUCAUGUUAUAGUGCUGGUUAUACAGCCAGAUGACUUCACUGAGACAGACAGAGACAGACUGUAUCACAUCCUCUACUCUUUGUCUGAAGAGCCUCAUAAAUACACCCUAAUACUAACAACACAAACUCUGCAGUCAGGCUUCAGUGACAGAGACUCUGUUCAGGAGAAAAUGAUAAAGGAGACCAUCGCUAAGUACAGCAACAGUCACAUUGACUUAAAGAGAGGAUAUAAUCGUGCUGAUCUCUUGAAGAUGAUGCAGAAGAUGGUCAAACAGAAUGGAGGGACACACCUUAUCUGGGAGUCUCAGUGUGCAACAAAACAUGUGUCAGAUGUGUCUGCCUUCACUUCUAAGACACGGAAACUGAACUUUGUGCUGUGUGGGAGGGACAGAGCAGUAAAGGCCUCCUUAUCAGACCUCUUGCUGGACAAAAAGACUUCAAAAUAUCAACUUGACCAGAGAAAGCGCAGUCCAGAGUCCAGCUCAGUGUGUGUGAGGAGGGAGGGAGAAGUGUGUGGACGUCUGGUCACUCUGGUGGAGAUGCCAGCUCUCUACAACACUCAGCUCUCAGAGGAGGAAGUGAUUCAGGAGACUCUCCACUGUGUCUCUCUCUGUGAUCCUGGAGUUCAUGCUUUUCUCCUCAUCAUUCCUGUUGGUCCUCUCACUGAUGAAGACAAAGGAGAAAUGGAGAAGAUCCAGAGAAUCUUCAGCUCAAGGGUCACUGAGCACACCAUAGUCCUCUUUACAACUAAGUGGAACACUGACAAAAGAGCCGCAGUUGAGUUUGUAGAGCAAAGUUUAGAAACAAAGCAAAUUCUCAGGCUGUGUGAAGGCAGAUAUAAAAUCUUGGAGAAAAUGAAAAAUGGAAACCUGAAAUCGGUGCCGGCACUACUGGAUGAAGUAGUGAAGAUGGUACCCAGCAGCAAGCAUUAUUCACCCAGUGAAGCACAGAGAGAUGAAGGCAGACCACAGAGUGAAUGUAAAGAACAAGCGAACACAGUCAGAAAACUGAAAACAAAAGAACAACAAACAUGUGAUGAAGCUUCUGGCUCUGAGUGUCUGAGGAUAGUUCUAAUUGGGAAAACCGGGAAUGGGAAGAGCUCAACGGGGAACACAAUUUUAGGAAAAAAUGAAUUCAAGUCCAGUGUUAGCAUGACCUCUGUGACCACAAAGUGUCAGAAGAGUUUUGGUAAAGUUCUAGGAAAAUCUGUUGCUGUUGUUGAUACUCCAGGUCUCUUUGACACCACACUCUCAAGUGAAGAAGUAACACAAGAAAUUGUGGAGUGCAUCAAGCUGUCGACCCCUGGACCUCAUGCUUUUAUCAUUGUGUUGAGUGUUGGAAGGAUUACAAAGGAGGAGAUGGACACUCUGGAUUUAAUCAAGGACAUUUUUGGCCCUGAGGCUGCCAAGUUCAGCAUAGUUCUCUUCACCAGAGGAGACGAUCUGGGAAACGAGCCAAUUAAAGAGUACAUCAAAAGAAGUAGCCAUGCAGAUAUGAAUAAUCUAAUCCUGGACUGUGGCGGCAGAGUUCACAUGUUUAAUAACAAAGACAAGGAAGACCACACCCAAGUGACUGACCUUCUCAGAAAGAUUGAAGAAAUGAUACAUUUUGACAGGAACAAUUACUUUACAAACAAUAUGCUGAAGGUGGCAGAGAGAACCAUACAGCAGAAAAAAGAGGAGAUACUGAGAGAGAAGGAGAAAGAGAUUCAGGAAGGAGAAGAAGCUCUAAAGACUCAAUAUGAGAAACAGCUAGAAGAGCAGGAGUUACGUAUGAAGAGUGAAAGAGAGCAGGUGGAAGAAAAGAGACGUCAAAGAGAAAAAGAGUUUGAGGAGAGGGAAGGAUCUCUGAGACAAGAGCAUGAGAUGAAAGAAGAGAAGAAAUGUAGACAGAGUGCAGACAAGAAAGCAUGUUUUGAAAAAGAGCAAAGGGAAGAAAGAAAACAUAGAGAACAGGAAAUGGAGUGGAAGCAGCAGACGAGAGGCAGAGAGAAGGAACACAGGAGCACAUACCUGAGACCUGCUGAAAAACUGAGAGAACCAGGAGAAAACCUGAAGCAAAUUAUAGCAAAAUUUGAAAGAAAUAUUGAGCAAGACAGAAUUCAAAUACAGCCAGAGAGAAAACAGUGGAAAAGAGUAGAAAGUAGGGAAAAAGAACAGAGAGAGAGAGAACACAAGGAGAGUGAAUUACAGAUGAUAAAGAAGUUUGAGGAACUAGGAAAAGAGACAAAAGUCUGUAUGGACGAUGAAAGAAGUGAAAAGGAAAGAAAAAUGCUGGAGGAUCUAGAACUGGAGAGAGAAUGGCAGGAGGAGCUGAGAAAGAGAGAAGCAGAGGACAGAGCGAGAAGAGAGAAAGAGGAGAAAGAGCGUGAGGAAAUGAAGAAGGAGUAUGAGAAAAGAAUGAAUGAACUAAAGACCAAAUAUGAGGAAGAAGCUAGAGAGCAGGCUGAGCUGCUUAAUGAUGUACAAACCCAUUUUGAAAAUGAAAUAUCAGAACUGAUGAAAAAGCGCCGAGAUAAACGGAAAGAAAAAACACCAAGAUCAAGCAUGAGAGAAACACCUGAGAAAGACGUUAAAAAAGGGCAAUGUGUUCUACUCUAAAGUCUUUAGAGAUGAGAAUGUGUUAAUAUGACACAGAAGAAGCUUAGAGUAUAAAACAGU